UUAAUUUAACUACUUCGCCGACGGGGGUGAAAUCCGAAGCGCCGUUGCCGUCUCUUCUAUUUGCUGUUGGCCCUCCUCAAUUGUUGCUAUUUGGGUACUGGAUCGCGAUCGACUGCCGGCGAUGACGACCUACGGCACGAUCCCCACCUCCACCGCCCCUUCCUCCUCCUCCUCCCCCCUCGACUACAUCUCCCGCGCCAAGGAGCAAGGCCGAUCCGCGCUGGCCUUGCGGCGGCCAUGGCGACAGUUAGGAGACGUGCGAGCCCUCAGCCUCCCGCGAAGCCUCGGCGACUCCUACACGCGGAUCCGCACCAACGCCGCCUAUUUCGCCAUGAACUACGCCAUCGUCGUGCUCCUCGUCGUCUUCUUCAGCCUCCUCUUCAAACCCGUAUCCCUCAUCGUCUUCAUCGUCUGCACUGUCGUCUGGUGUUUCCUCUACUUCUUACGGGACGUGCCCCUCGUAAUUUUCGGCCGCGAGAUCAGCGAUCUGGUGGUCCUCAUCUGCCUGUCCAUCUUCACCCUAGUGGCUCUGCUGCUGACCAAGGCAACCGCCAACAUCCUUAUUUCCCUGAUGAUCGGCCUGGUUCUGGUGCUGAUCCAUGCUGCGAUUCGGAGGACGGAGGAUCUAGUGCUGGAGGAGGAAGCUGAAGGGCCUGGGAGAUGGUAUGCCGCCGGGCCGUAGCGAACUCUCCAGGCAGUACUGUCUCAGCCGUGCCUAGUAAUUUCUCUCCCUUCUUACCCCUGUCAAUUCCGUUGUUGUAUGACUGGAUUGAUCUGAAAUCUGCGGUGUUUUACGCGCAUCAUUUGUUUGUUAGUUUGCCUGUGUGUGGUAAGAUUAUUUUGCCAUCCGAACUCGUUUGUACAUUGUUCCUUUCCCGUUGAUUUAUCUAAUAAGAUGGAUCGCCACAUCAAAA